CUCCCUUGAUCACGGUAUCAUGUGUCAACCUAGGGCACCCCUCUCCUACCUCUUCAAAGGAAUGGAUUUCAGCAGCUGCCUUUUCAAAAUUGCUGAACACCUGGACAGUGAUGAACUGGCCGCCCUCAAGUUCCUGUGUUUGAACCACAUCCCGCAGAGGAAGCAGGAGCCCAUCAAGGAUGCCCUGAUGCUAUUUCAGGGACUGCAGGAAAGGGGACUGUUGGAGGAAGGCAAUCUGUCCUUCCUGAAGGAGCUGCUUUUCCUCAUCAAUCGGCUGGACCUGCUGACCAAGUUCCUAAACACCAGCAAGGAGGAGAUGGUGAGGGAGCUGCAGGUUCUAGACAGAGCCCAGGUUUCUCCCUACAGGGUCAUGCUCUUAAAGCUCUCGGAAGAUGUAGUCACAUCAGAGUUGAAAGAGUUUAAGUUUUUUUUGGAAGAAAAGAUCCCCAAAUAUAAGCUGCAUGAUAACACGAGCUUGCUUGACAUUUUCGUGGAAAUGGAGAAGAGGCUCAUCCUGUCGGAAGACAACUUGGACGCCCUGAAGUUGAUCUGUUUCCGGAUCAAAAAGAGCCUGCUGGGGAGGAUCAAGGACUAUGAACUAUCCAGCAGAGGGAGAAGCGUGAGCCUUGAGGGGGCGGCAGAUCUGCCAGUUUCCUUUUCGGAUGGGGAGAGCUGCUUUAGAAUGUCCGCGGAAAUGCUCGACUCCCUGGGAGAACAAGACAGCCAGCCGCAGGAAUCAGACAGAAUUUACCAAAUGAAGAGCAAACCUCGGGGCUACUGUCUGAUCUUCAACAAUAAUGAUUUCAGCAAGGCGCGGGAGGACGUGCCCAAACUCCACACAAUAAAGGACAGGAAAGGAACUAACUAUGACAGAGAUGCUUUGACUGAGACCUUUAAGGAGCUUCAUUUUGAGACCGUGUCUUACCAAGACUCCACGGCAAAUGAAAUCCGUGAGGUUCUAGGAUCCUACCAAAGCCUGGACCACAAAGACAGAGACUGCUUCAUCUGCUGCAUCCUCUCCCACGGAGACAAAGGCAUCAUCUACGGCACAGACGGGAAGGAAGCAUCCAUCCAUGAACUGACCUCCUAUUUCACUGGUUUAAAGUGCCCUUCCCUGGCUGGAAAACCCAAAAUCUUUUUUAUCCAGGCGUGCCAAGGGGACAGCUACCAGAGAGCUGUGCCUGUCGAGACUGACUCAGAGGAGAAGGACAGUGGUCCAGACAUAGACUCCUUGUCUCAAAAGAGCUAUAUUCCAGAUGAGGCCGACUUUCUGCUGGGGAUGGCUACUGUGAAAAACUGUGUUUCCUACCGAGAGCCCACGCGUGGAACCUGGUACAUCCAGUCUCUUUGCCAAAGCCUGAGGCAAAGAUGUCCCCGAGGCGACGAUAUUCUCAGCAUCCUGACUGGGGUGAACUACGAUGUGAGCAAUAAAGACGACAGGAAGAACAUGGGGAAGCAGAUGCCUCAGCCCAUCUUCACACUACGGAAGAAGCUUUUCUUCCCUCCUAACUGACACUGACACGGUGUUGUCGUCGAAGCACUUUUUGUGUGGCGGGAGGGGGAGGUGGGCGAGUUUUAAUUUAUUUUUUAUGAUUUCUUUUAUUGAGAUUAUAAUAUCGUUUGCCCCUUC